GCCGUUUUUGCCGGAGGUUUUUAGAGUCGGCCAGUGGAGACCUGACGAACGACACAAAAGGGUCAACUCGGUGACUGGAACUCUUCUGCAAGAACCUCCUCGCCGUGGUUCUCUUCACGUGACAGCGAUGAUGCACCAUCAUCAUCAUCAUCAGCACCACCAUCACCGCCAUCACCAUCAUCUGCUGAGGCUGCUGAUGGUGAUGCUGAUGGUGGUUCUCAUGGCCAGAGAUAUCGUCGGCUCGUUUCAACUACGAGGGCUGGUGGAUGAGGAGGUGGAGGUGCAGGAUGAGGCGCAGGAGGAGAUGGGGCAUCGGAGUCCCAGGGAGGCGGGCGGGCGUCUCCUGCGCUCCGCGCUGCGCGAGGCGAUGGAGACGGUCAACGGUGCCUACAAAUACUCACGCGAUAGAGUGAAGGACCGCCUGGCCUCCCGUGGCGCGUCCCCCGCGGACCUGCUGGCCUUCUUCAAACAGCCGGCGGGCGCCACUCGCACCGCCGUGAGAUCCGCCGAGACCCUCGACGUCGCCUUGGCUCUCCUCCUGCCUCGCCGCGCCAAGAGGGACCUCAACGACACCGACUUCCUGAGUCCUCAGGACCUGGCCACGAUCGCGCGCGUCACGGGCUGUGGCGCUCAGCUCCAGACGCCGCUCUGCUCCUCCGACUGCUUCAGCGACAAAUACCAGGCGCACAACUCGGAGUGCAACAACAGAGCAAACCCGCGUCUGGGCGCUGCCAACGUGGCCCUUGUACGGUGGCUUCCGGCCGAGUACGAUGACAAUGCCUCGUUGCCACGUGGCUGGGACGAGGCGAAGCUUCACAACGGAUUCGCUCUGCCUUCGGUGCGCGUGGUGUCCAACGAGAUCGUGCGCCUUGCGGCGGGCGCCGCGUCGUCCCGGGACGACGUCGCCUCGCUGUCCAGCGCCUUCGUGCAGUGGGGUCAGUGGACGGCUCAUGACACCGACCUGACCCCGCAGAGCCCCAGCCUGCGCUCCUUCGCCGGGGGCCUCGACUGCGACUCCUCCUGCGACAGACGAGAACCCUGCUUCCCCAUACAGGUCCCAGCCAACGACACGCGCAUCAACCGCACCGCCUCGGCGUGCAUCCCUUUCUUCCGCUCGUCGCCCGCGUGCGGCACGGGCGACCGGGCGGCCGUCUUUGGCCUGCCCGCGGCCGGCGGCCCCCGCCCUCGUGAGCAGCUCAACGCCAUCACGGCCUUCGUGGACGCCGGCCAGGUGUACGGCAGCGGCCGCGCGGUGGCCGCGGGGCUGCGAGGGGCGGGCGGGGAGCUGCGGGUGAACGGCGACUACACGGACGGAGGGCGCGGCCUGCCGCCCUUCGCGGAGGGCGUGGGCGCCAGCGCUUGCGCGCUGAACCGCGACGGGUCGCCCGUCGUGCCGUGCUUCCUCGCCGGCGAGGUGCGCGCGAACGAGAACAACGGCCUCAUCGCGUUCCACGCCGUGUUCCUGCGCGAGCACAACCGGGUGGCACGUGCCCUGCGGGAACUCAACCCACACUGGGGGGGCGAGUCCGUGUACCAGGAGACACGCAGGAUACUCGCAGCCUACAUGCAGAUCAUCACGUGGCGGGACUACGUGCCCCGGGUGAUCGGGCCGGCCGCGGCCAACGCCACCCUGGGGCCGUACUCCGGCUACGACCCCAGCGCCGACCCCCGCAUCGCCAACGUCCACGCGACCGCCGCCUUCCGCUUCGGCCACGUCACCGUGCAGCCAGUGCUUCAGCGGCUCGGCGACAACUACCGGGAGCACCCCCGCUACCCCAACCUGGCCCUGCACCGGGCCUUCCUGUCGCCCUGGAGGAUCGUCGAGGAAGGCGGAGUGGACCCGGUCCUGCGGGGUCUCAUCGGCAGUCCGGCCAAGCAGAACGCCCUCUACGAGAUGAUGCCCGACGAGCUGAGGGAGAAGCUCUUCGCUAUGACGCGUCAACUGGCGCUCGACCUCGCCUCGCUCAACCUGCAGCGCGGGCGAGACCACGGACUGCCUGGCUACAACUCUUGGCGCAGCUUCUGCGGGCUCCCCGCGCUGCGGACUCAGGCUGAGCUGGCGACGGCGUGGAACAGCAGCGACGUAGCGGGCCGAGUGCUCGCGCUGUACGGCAGCGCCGACAGCGUAGAUGUGUGGCUGGCGGGACUCCUCGAGGUGCCGGUCGAGGGCGGCCGAGUGGGGCCGCUGUUCUCCUGCCUCCUGGCGCGACAGUUCGCGCUCAUACGCAACGGAGACCGGUUUUGGCACGAGCGCGAGGGCCUCUUCACAGCGGCGCAACUCACCGAGCUGCGCAACGUCAGCCUCUCGCGCCUCAUCUGCGGCAACAGCGGCGUCCGGGAGGUGCCCUGGGACGCCUUCCGCUACCGGCCCUACCCCGAGGGGUUCGUGCACUGCGACGAGCUGCCCCCUAUCAACCUCCUGCCGUGGAAGGAGGAGACGCAGAACACUCCGUGCGGUCCGGUGCCCUCCGUGCCCAACUCGCACUUUUCCAUGUGUGGUGGUGCCGGUGUUGGCGGUGGUGGUGGCGGUGUCACCACCGCGCUGUUGGUGCGCUACGAGUGCCUCGACGGCUUCCACAUCGCCGGGGCGGACACCAUCAGCUGUGUGGACAACUCCUGGGGUGACGCGCCCAGAUGUCGUGCGGCUGAUCCGUGCUCGGGGUCCCCGCCGCCCUGUGCCUCCGAGCCCAACUCGGUCUGCGAGCCGCCGGCUCCCGGCGACGCUGCCUCCGGGAGCCACCGCUGCGUCUGCCUUGCCGGGUUCCAGCCCGGAGCGCAGGGACGGGGAUGCGUCGUGACCCCCGAUGGCUCACGUGGUCUCCUCGUCAGCACCGUGGUCAUCAGUGCCCUGGCGCUCGCAGCCAUCUUGGCCCUGGGCAUCGCCAUCUGCACUUACCUCAAGCGCAUGCAGAGGAAUCUGCUGGUCAAAGACGCGGCUGUUUACGGCAACAAAUACGCCACCACAUGAUCCCCCAUCGCUCGCUCGAUGUCUCGCUCAGUCGCUUGAUUGAUCGGUCGCUCGUUCAAUCGGUCGCUCGAUCGCUCGUUCAAUCGGUCGCUUGAUUGAUCGGUCGCUCGCUCGAUCGAUCGCUCGAUCGCUUGUUUGAUCGCUCAGUCGCUUGAUUGAUCGGUCGCUCGGUCGCUCGAUCGCUCGUUCAAUCGGCCGCUUGAUUGAUCGGUCGCUCGCUCGAUCGAUCGCUCGAUCGCUUGUUUGAUCGCUCAGUCGCUUGAUUGAUCGGUCGCUCGGUCGCUCGAUCGCUCGUUCAAUCGGCCGCUUGAUUGAUCGGUCGGUCGCUCGAUCGAUCGAUCGAUCGCUCGAUCGCUUGUUUGAUCGCUCGGUCGCUCGAUCGAUCGAUCAAUCGGCCGCUCGAUUGAUCGCUGGCUCGAUCGACGUGACUGAGAUGACUGACUUUGCGAUGUGGGGUGAGACGCAGAGGGUUAAUGAUAAGGGUGAGUUAUUUUGAGUUUGUACCACGACAGAUCACUCUGUAUGGAAGUCGAAAGGAGCACGUGUAUUUUUUUGUAUAGUUGUAUAAAAUAAUAUAAAUGUAUAAACCUGAUUGUUUUAAAAAUAAAGAAAUAAAU